ACAGCACUUGAACGCCACACCAUUUCCUCCUCCCUUCAGUCGCCGAGCACUGGAAAGUUUUUAUCACUCUUAUUUGUUUUUUUGCAUCUUAUCAGUCGACAAUGUCUCGCACUGCAGGAGACAGACUUUUUUUUUUUGUACGUGACAGGGCGUAGCGGAGGUGGGACGGACAUGGCCGUAGGAAACCGCUCGUUGUCGUCGAAAUGGCGAGCCGCAGGGUCUGGGGGUCUGCUCUUUUUUUACCCGGGCUGAAUGGACUUUUUUCCGCCUUGGAAGCUGCGGGUUAAGCUAAGCUAAACUAAGCUAAGCUAAGCUAAGCUAACUGGCUCCGGCGAAGACACACCGAGCGGACUCUUUGACAUGUAGACGGCCUUAAUCGAUCACCAUGUCUGACCAAAACCAUUACUGGACGGUGCUGCCGAGCUACAAGAGUAGUUUUGUCACCGGGGCCAUGAUGAAAAGAUCCAGAGGAGCCCGCAACAACAAGAGGAGGAGUUUGGCGGUCGGGACCCCUUCGCCCACGCUCUCACGACCGCUUUCGCCUCUCCCACUUGCCACAGCUGGCAGCAGCCCGUCAGAAAGCCCCAGAAAUGUCUCUGCCAGCAGCUCCGCCAACUUUCAGUUCGCUCGAAGCCAUCUGGCCCGCACCGAGAGAGGCGAUGGCCGAAGAUGGUCUGUGGCGUCCGUACCCUCCUCUGGAUACUGCACCAAUGCACCCAGUUCAUCAGUAUCCUCGUCUUCUUCCCAGGAGCUCUUGCACCAGUUGCCCCUCCAGCCUACACAAGACGAUCUCCACUUCCUCUUCAAACAUUUCCGGAGCACAGAAAGCGUGGCUGAUGACGAAGGAACUCAUCCCUCAGCCCCCGUCAGGCUCCGCUCGCGUAGUCUCAGCCCUGGACGGACUUGUGGAACAUUUGACAAUGAGAUUGUCAUGAUGAAUCAUGUCUAUAAAGAACGUUUUCCCAAGGCAACGGCGCAGAUGGAGGGUCGACUUCUGGACAUCAUUGAGGAGUGUUCCCCAGGAACCGCCCUGCCCCUGGCUGACGGCGUCCUCGGCUUCAUCCAGCACCAGCUGCUGGAGCUGGCCCGAGACUGCCUGGAUAAGUCCCAGGAAGGUUUGGUCACCUCCAGGUACUUUGUGGAGCUGCAGGAGAAACUGGAGAAGCUUCUGCAUGAGGCGUACGAGCGCUCGGAGAGCGAAGAAGUGACCAUCAUUACAAAACUGGUGAAAAAGAUCCUCAUCAUUAUCUCGAGGCCUGCCAGGCUGCUGGAAUGUCUGGAGUUUGAUCCAGAGGAGUUCUACCAGCGUUUGGAGGCUGCAGAAGGUCAAGCCAAAGGUGGCCAGGGGAUCAAGACUGAUAUUCCUCGAUAUAUCAUCAGUCAGCUCGGCCUCAACAGGGAUCCUCUGGAAGACAUGGUCCAACUGGAGCAAACAAGCCCGAGCCACAGGUCAGCCAGCAGAGAGUCUGACGAAUCUGGAGAGACAACACCAAUACAGAGCCGUGCACUCUGCACUCCCCCGCGUAGGAAACCACUGGAGAGUGACUUUGAGACCAUCAAGCUCAUUAGCAACGGUGCCUAUGGAGCUGUAUUUCUAGUCCGUCACAAAGAAACCCGACAACGCUUCGCCAUGAAGAAGAUCAACCGGCAGAAUCUGAUGUUAAGAAACCAGAUCCAGCAGGUGUUCGUGGAGCGAGACAUCCUCACCUUUGCUGAAAACCCCUUCGUGGUUUCCAUGUUUUGCUCGUUCGAAACACGGCGGCACCUCUGCAUGGUCAUGGAGUACGUAGAAGGUGGGGAUUGUGCCAACCUGUUGAAGAACAUUGGUCCUCUGCCCGUCGACAUGGCCCGCAUGUAUUUUGCAGAGACCGUCCUGGCUCUAGAGUACCUUCACAACUAUGGCAUUGUCCACCGAGACCUUAAACCUGACAAUCUGCUCAUCACCUCAAUGGGACACAUUAAGCUUACAGACUUUGGUUUGUCAAAGAUUGGCCUCAUGAACAUGACGACUAAUUUAUAUGAAGGCCACAUUGAGAAGGAUACAAGAGAAUUCAUUGACAAACAGGUGUGCGGUACUCCAGAGUACAUUGCCCCUGAGGUGAUCUUGCGACAGGGCUAUGGGAAGCCUGUGGACUGGUGGGCCAUGGGCAUCAUUCUCUACGAGUUCCUCGUCGGCUGCGUGCCUUUUUUUGGGGACACACCCGAGCAGCUCUUUGGUCAAGUGGUCAACGAUGACAUCAUCUGGCCCGAUGGAGAGGAUGCUUUGCCUGCGGACGCCCAAGACCUUAUCACCAGACUACUUCGUCAGAGCCCGCUGGAUCGCCUAGGAACAGGUGGAACUACUGAGGUGAAGAUGCAUACGUUCUUCCUGGGUCUUGACUGGAAUGGGCUGCUGAGGCAGAAAGCUGAGUUCAUACCACAACUCGAGACUGAGGAUGACACCAGUUAUUUUGACACCCGAUCGGAGCGUUACGCUCAUCUCGGCUCUGACGAAGAUGACGAAACUAACGACGACGAAUCCUCCCUUGAACUGCGACAGUUCUCCUCGGUGGCACAUCGCUUCAGCAAGGUGUACAGCAGCACGGAGCACCUGUCCACCUCCACGCCGUCCAACCAGAGCUUGUCGUCCUCCGAGAGAAGCCACAGCGAGGAGAAGGACGAGCGGUGGGAGAGCAGGGGAGUCUUUUCCCCUGGUGACGGACACAAACAUCUGGCGAGUGGGGACAGAACAGAUGGACUCAGGGGGAGUUUGCGACCCCGUGCUUCGUCCAGUUCCUCCCAGUCUGAGCGCAGUGCCAGCCCACUGGUCCUGAACAGCACCCAGAGUCUGGACAUCAUGCCUCGCUUUGCUAUCUCUGCCGAAGAGGAAGAAGGUAUGGUCUCCAACCUGCGGCGCAUUCGUCUCCGCAGCAACAGCACUGGCACGAGACCGUCGUUCCGCAGAGGCGCUUCCAGACGCAUCGCCCACCAAUUGGAGACACCGGAAAAAGCCAGACCUCCAGCUGGAAGAGUCCCUAAAUCGGCAUCAGUGUCCGGUCUCUCCCUCAUUAUUACCCCAGAUGACUCAGCGGGCCCUCCUUCCAGCCCCAAGUCCUCUCUAUCGCUGUCGUCCAACCCCUCGUCCAGAGACUCCUCCCCCAGCCGGGAUCUUUCCAUCAACAUCAGCUGCCUCCGGCCUCCGGUCGUCAUCCACAGCUCUGGGAAGAGGUUUGGCUUCGCUUUGCGAGCAAUCCGAGUCUACAUGGGAGACAGCGACGUCUACACAGUCCACCACAUGGUCUGGUGUGUGGAGGAGGGCAGCCCGGCACAUGAGGCAGGAUUGCGAACCGGUGACCUCAUCACUCACGUCAACGGGGAGUCUGUCCAGGGACUUGUCCACACUGAGGUGGUGGAGCUUCUUCUUAAGAGUGGCACCCGGGUGACCCUGCAGACUACUGCUUUGGAGAACACUUCCAUCAAGGUGGGUCCUGCCCGGAAGACCAGCUACAAGGCUAAGAUGGCCCGGCGUAGCAAGAAGAGCAAGAGGAGAGACGGGCAGGACAGCCGGCGCCGGAGCAUCUUGAAGAAGCUGUCUAAACACACGCCUCCUCCGCCCAUGCAAAGCAGUCGCAGCUUCUCGUCCGGGUUCCACCAGUCAUCCAGUGACAGCCUCUCUGGCUCCCCCACACAGUCCAUCUCCCCCGGGCCCUCCACGCCCUGCCGCUCCCCCGCUCCCGACCACUCCGGAGAUUCCAGUUCCUCUCCGUGCUCCAGCUCCCCCAACUCGCCAGUCCCCCAGGCCCGUCCCAGCUCCCUUCACGUCCUGGGCCGCUACACCAAGGCGGGUCGCUGCAAGUCCACCAGCAGCAUCCCUCCCUCGCCGCUGGCCUGCAUCCCGCCCCCUCAGCCUCUGUCUCCUCAGUGCUCGCCCUCCUGCCUCCCCAGCCACCCCAGGUCCCUGCAGGGGUUCCACGGUAAGACACUGUCCCCUCCCACUAUUGCCCGUCACUCCGUGCGUCCCCGCAGUGCCGAGCCGCCGCGCUCGCCGCUCCUCAAGAGGGUGCAGUCGGCGGAGAGGCUGACCGGCGAGAAAGCGACGGGCGGCUACCACGGCGACAGGAAGGCCUACAGCACGCGCCGCCACACCCUGGAGGUGCCUCUGUCCGAGGGCGAAGACGUGGAAGAGGACAGCGCCACAGGGUUCGUAUGCGUCGGUGAACACGGCCGCCAAGGACUGUGCGUGGGCGGAGCUUCUUCUUCCUCCCCGCAACACCGCGGCAACCAUCACUCCAACGAGGUGGUCGUCAUGAGGAAGCUGGCCCUGUCGGAGCGCCGGGACUCCUUCAAGAAACAGGAGGCCGUGCAAGAAGUCAGCUUUGACGAUUUGGACGAGAGGGAGGCCACGCCCGGCCCCAAGCUGCCUGUCACUCAAUCCAAGGCGUUCAAGGCGUCCUGGCUCGACCCCGAUCCCAAGCUGCAGGGGAAAGCGUCGCAGGAUAAGGCGGCACCACCGAAGGUCAAGUCCAAAGAUAAAGAAGGAUCUAGUCACUUAAAGUGAUUCAAGAGGAACUGCACUUUUUUAGAAUGUUGCCCAUCCUUCACAAUCCUUAUGAACACAUUUUUAUUCAGUUUUUAAUGUAUUUGAACUUGAAAUGUGAUCAAAAGUCCGCUUACAAUGAAUCCAAUGUUAGUCGCGCUAUUCUGCCUAUAGAGUCCUUCAAAAAACAUCCAACACCUACAUUAAGGCUUUAUAUACAUGAUGUAAGUAUAUACUGUAUGUCAUGUAGUAACAUUCAUAAUAACAUGUAAUAUAUACAUGAUGUAAGUAUACAUAUAAUGUAGUAACAUUCAUAACAUGUAAUAUAUACAUAAUGUAAGUAUACAUAUAAUGUAGUAACAUUCAUAAUAACAUGUAAUACAUACAUGAUGUAAGUAUACAUAUAAUGUAGUAACAUUCAUAAUAUGUAAUAUAUACAUGAUGUAAGUAUAUACUGUAUGUCAUGUAGUAACAUUCAUAGUAACAUGUAAUAUAUACAUGAUGUAACUAUACAUAUAAUGUAGUAACAUUCAUAAUUUCAUGUAAUAUAAAUAUAUAUUAUAUAGUAUUGUUUUAUGAAUGUUACUAUUCAUUCAUAAUAUCAUGUAGCAUAAAUAUAUAUUAUAUGUAUAUUACAUAUUAUGAAUGUUACUACAUUAUAUGUAUAAGUACAUUAUGUAUAUAUUACAUGUUAUUAUGAAUGUUACUAGAUACUACAUAUAUACUUACAUCAUGUAUAUAUUACAUGUUACUACAUUAUAUGCAUACUUACAUCAUGUAUAUAUUACAUAUUAUUAUGAAUGUUAAUACAUUAUAUGUGUACUUACAUCAUGUAUACAUCACAUCUUAUUACAAAUUUUACUACAUUAUAUGUAUACAUCAUGUAUAUAUUAAAUGUUAUUAUUAAGGUUACUACAUUACAUAUAUACUUACACCAUGUAUAUAUUACAUGAUAUUAUGAUUGUUACUACAUUCCAUAUAUACUUACGUUAUAAAUUAUAAUGUAGGUAUAUAUGGAAUGUAGUACUACGUGAUGUAAGUAUGCAUAUAUUGUAGUAAAUUUAUAAUAACAUGUAAUAUAUACUUGAUGUAAGUAUAUAUUUAAUGGAGUAUUUUUUUCAUAUUUAAUACAUACUUGAUGUCAGUAUAUAUGUAAUGUAGUAACAUUCAUAAUAACACGCAAUAUAUACAUGAUGUAAGUAUAUAUGUAGUAUCUAGUAACAUUCAUAAUAACAUGUAAUAUAUACUUGAUGUAAGUAUAUAUUUAAUAGAAUAUUUUUUUAAAAUAUUUAAUACAUACAUGAUGUCAGUAUAUAUGUAAUGUAGUAACAUUCAUAAUAACACGCAAUAUAUUCAUGAUGUAAGUAUAUAUGUAGUAUCUAGUAACAUUCAUAAUAACAUGUAAUAUAUACAUUAUGUAAGUAUACAUAUAAUGUAGUAACAUUCAUAAUAACAUGUAAUAUAUACUUGAUGUAAGUAUAUAUUUAAUAGAGUAUUUUUUUAUAUUUAAUAUAUACAUGAUGUAUGUAUAUACGUAAUAUCUAGUAACAUUCAUAAUAACAUGUAAUACAUACAUGAUGUAUGUAUACAUAUAAUAUAAUAACAUUCAUAAUAACAUGUAAUAUAUACAUGAUGUAAGUAUAUGUCAUGUAGUAACAUUCAUAAUAACAUGUACUAUAUACAUGAUGUAAGUAUACAUAUAAUGUAGUAACAUUCAUAAUAACAUGUAAUACAUACACGGUGUAAGUACACAUAUGAUGUAGUAACAUAAUAGCAUGUAAUAUAUACACGGUGCAAGUAUACAUUUAAUAUCAUAUACAUGAUAUUACAUGUAUAUACAUCCAUGAUGUAAGUUUUUGUCAUGUCAUGUUACUUAAUGUCAUAUAGUAACAUUCAUAAUAACAUUUAAUACUUACCUAUUUUGAUCAUUUUAAUCCUGAAAACGCAUCGCAGCGUUUGCUUUUUCCUUCAACGACAUCACAUAUUAUUACUCACUGCAGACUUCGUGAGAGCAAACACAAACUUAAUAAAACAUCACUUACUGUACAAGGUCUGCUGUCAUUAGGAUGCCCACUGCUAGGUUGUUCAUGUAUUCCCGUUUAGAUGAAUGACUCAUAAUACUCCCAAAGAAAAAAGGGAGGGUCACACCCAAGCAUCUGUUCGGGUCUAAAUUGGAUGCCAAAGUUGACCAACUUGUUGGAUUAUGUCGAUGGCGGUGACGUCAACAAAGUGGCUAGUUAGUGUUUAUAAUAACAAUAUAACUAAUACUUCUUUAUAGUCAAGUCACCAAAUGUAAAUGUAGUAUUAUUAGCGCUAUAUGACUGUUUUUUUAGAGGGUUUUAUGGGUGGAAUAGAGGACUUGUUGGCUCCGCUUUUAUUUACAAAGGAGAAUGCAUUAAAAAAAAUACAUACACCUCUCAUAAUGAUUGUGAAGAAUGGGCAAAAUUCCCUCCAAAAAAGUGCAGUUAACUUUUACGGUUUUGGAGACGUCUGCUGCCGAGUGGAAGGGCAAGCUUGAAGAUGAAAGUAACAUUGUUCACACCCAGGCGACUGCCCGUCUUCACUCUUUUCUUUUGAAAUGUAAAUAUUCCUGCUUUUACAUGCCUAUUUAUAAAUAUAUACUCCUUGGCUUGUUGGUGGCCACCUUAGAUGUGUUGACGGUGCUCAAAAAGCGUGGAAAACGCCAACGAUGUGCGGUUCAGGAUUGAAGUUGUUUUAGCCUUAAGUUGCCUUUAUAGAAGGUUUCAAAUGCAUUUUGUGUCGCCUCUCAGAGGAAAUCUUUGACAGCCAUUACUGCUCGACAUGAUCACAUUUGGAAGAACAACAUUGGUACCAAAGCAAGGUCAGCCAUAGACUGACUCUCUCGCUUUCUCAUACAGUAUAUAUAUAUAUAUUUUUUUACACAAACAUAUAUAUCUACACACAUACAUAUAUAUAUAUGUAUAUAAAUACACAUAUAUAUAUAUACAUAUGUAUGUAUAUAUCUGUGUGUAUAUAUAUUUGUGUGUAUAUGUAUAUGUAGAUACAUAUACACAUAUGUAAAUGUGUAUAUACAUGUAUAUAUCCAUGUAUGUAUGUAUGUGUAUAUAUACAUGUAUAUGUGUGUAUAUAUAUAUAUAUAUAUACUUACACAUACAUAUAUGUAUAUAUACGUAUGUAUAUAUGUAGAUAUAUAUACACAUAUGUAUAUGUGUAUAUACAUGUAUAUAUGCACAUAUGUAUGUAUGUAUGUAUGUGGAUAUAUACAUGUAUAUGUGUAUAUAUAUACUUACACAUAUACGUAUAUAUACGUAUGUAUAUAUGUAGAUAUAUAUGUAUAUAUACACAUAUGUAUAUACAAGUAUAUAUACAUACAUACAUAUGUAUGUAUAUAUACAUAUGUGUGUAUGUAUAUAUAUGUAGCUAUACAUGUAUAUAUACACAUAUGUAUGUAUGUAUGUGUGUAUAGAAACACAUGUACUGUAUGUAUGUAUGUGUAUAUAUAUACACAUAUACUGUACCUAUGUCUGUACAUAUGUAUGUAUGUAUGUAUGUAUGUAUAUAUACAUGUAUGUGUGUAUGUAUAUAUAUAUGUAGAUAUACACAUAUGUAUGUACAUAUAUACACAUGUACUGUAUAUAUGUGUAUAUAUAUGUAUAUAUAUACACACAUAUACCUAUGUGUGUACAUAUGUAUGUAUGUAUAUAUGUAGAUAUAUAUGUAUAUAUACAUACAUAUACAUGUAUGUAUAUAUACAUGUAUGUAUAUAUGUGUGUAUCUAUAUAUAUAUAUGUAGAUAUAAUGUAUAUAUACACAUAUGUUUGUAUAUGUGUAUAUAUACAUAUAUAUGUGUAUAUAUAUAUUAGUGUAUAUAUACACACUAUAUAUAAUAUAUAUAUAUACACACACUAUAUUUACACUAAAUAUACAUACCGUAUAUAUGCUCUUGUAUGUGUAUUUGUGUAUAUAUAAUGUAUGUGUAUAUAUACGCUAUAUAUGUGUGUGUAUAUACAUUAUAUAUAUAUAUAUAUAUAUGUAUGUAUGUAGUAGUAAACAUUGUUUUUGUACAUAGUGCAUGCAUGUUGAUAGACAGUGCUUGAGGACGACUGCACCUUAAACCCACGUGUCAUGUCCCUCCUUCACCUCCAGACUCUUGACGUCUUUCCACCAGUCUUGUAGCACAUUUCCCGACAAUUUCUCCUUAAAAACUGUACAGCGGAAAGGAAAAAAAUCCCAGCGAUUGUACUUUUGCUGCUGCGUAAUAUGAAGGUUUGUUUACAUUUGACUGCAAAGGUGUGUGUGCUUUUUAAGUUGGUUUAAAACAAACCAAUGACCAGGAAGGACAGUUGAAGUGACGAGUAGAGAUCAUCUUUUUUUUUCUCUCUCUCUCUCUUUUGCAACACUCCUAAGCAACGCUGUUCAUGUAUUCGGUCUAAACAGCGGUGGACCUUGAAAGUGACUUUGUUGGACUCCACAAUAAGUGUGAAGUUGCAGGGUCCCUAAGAAGCUCCUGCUAGGAUGGACCUCCCAAGGAUUUGUGCAUGCUUUAACUCCAGCACAAUAUCAUGGUUGUUUGCAGGGUUCUACUCAACAAGUGCACGGAACAUUGACUUUGGGGGGGGGGAUUUGGAAUGGAAUUUGAGGACCUGCGAAAUGAAGAGAAUUUAGGAUUGGAUCUCAUUUUUGUACUCCUGUGAAUAAGCCCGUACCUUGUAGAACAGACCUGGGCAAAAUCCAACCCGCUUGACGUUCUAAACUUUUUUUUUUUUUUUUACUUUAACAUCAAAACUGUCGCCGUCUUUAUGAUGUGCUGUGCUGUUUUUUAAAUGCCCGUAAGUCUUGAUGUAUAGAAAGUAUUUCAAUGGUUGAAAUCUGCGUUUUUUGGGUGUUAAAGAAGUUAUUAAGGUGAUCUACUUCACAGCGGAGUGGGCGGGGUUAGUUUUCAGAGCAGCCAGCCCGAAACGCGUGCGUUAAAACAGAUGCGGAAGCAGUUUUUUUACAUGAUGAUUAUUACAUUUUGCAUUCAUAUUUUGCUGUUUUUUUUGUUGUGUUUUGCUUGGUCUGAGAAGUCAAAGACUAGCGAUGUUCGUAUGUUGUUAAUAUUCAGUGUUUUAUUGUUCAUAGUUAAUAUUGUCAAUCCCGCUCUAUUUUAUUUUCAUGUACAUUUUGGGUGUCCCAUUCAGUAAAAAACUGUAAAAUUACCUUUUUUUUUUUUCCAAGUGGUCUGUCAUAACGUUUUUAGAACUCUUAUCAGAAAUUGUGACUUUUGGUAUUAGUGUUCCUGAAAAAAAAGGGGACCCAAACAUUUUUA